AUGGCUGCGAAGGUGGAGAAGCGCAGAGCUUACACGGACAAAGAGUCGGAAAUAAGCGACGAGGACAAAAAACUGCAGGAGACACUGAUGCAGCUCGUCGACGACCUGGUGUCGGGCACGUCGGUGAACGCGGCGCUGCGGGGUCUGCGCAAGCUCAUGCGCACGUCGACGACCUCGAUGACGGCCGUGCCCAAGCCCCUCAAGUACCUCAAGGACUCGUACGGGCGGCUGAAGCACUGCCACGGCGCCAUGGCCGACGACUCGACCGAGGCCGGACUGGCGCGAGCCCGACUGGCCGACAUAAUCAGCGUGCUGGCGCUCGCCGCCGCGGAGCCCGGGCAGCGCGAGUGCCUCGACUACUGUCUCAGGGGCAGCCUGAGCAAUCCCGGCGCCUGGGGCCACGAGUACGUCCAGAGGCUCGCCAUGGAGCUCGUCGACGAGUGGUCGACCAUGCCGCUCGAUCGGGAGCGCGAGAUCACGGAAAGGCUGUUGCCGCUCGCGAGGAAGCUCGUGAGAUUCGACGCGCAGCACAACGCCGAGAUACAGGCCUGCGAUUUGGCCCUGGAGAUCGAUCGCUUGGAUCUGCUCGUCGACAGCCUCGACAAGAACAAUUACUCGAGGGUCUGCCUCUAUCUGGCCAGCACCGCUGACUACACGGAGGACUUGGAACGACGCGAAAUACUGAGGACGGUCGUGGAUCAGUACAUGAGAUUCAACGAGCCGACCAAGGCCAUCCUCACGGCUAUGCAGCUGCCCGACCACGAGCUCGUCAACGGCUGCUUCGACGCCUGCCAGGAGCCUCUGCUGCGCAAACAGCUGGCCUACGCCUUGGCCAGGCUCAAAGACCACGCGCUGAUAAAACCGUACAAAGGCCCGGACGCCGACGAGCUCGAGCGGAUCCUCGGCAACGGCCACGUGAACGCGUACUUUCAGCAGCUGAUUAGGGAGCUCGACAUACUCGAGCCCAAGAGCCCGGACGAGAUCUACGGCAGCCUGUACGAGCCGAGCUACGGCCGAGUGCUCAUCUACGACUCGGCCAGGGCGAAUCUGGCGGCGAGCUUCGCCUCGGCCUUCGUGCACGCGGGCUUCGGUCGGGACAAGCUCAUGACGACCAGCAGCAGCAGCAGCAGCAGCAGCGACGGCGAGUCGGCUGCGGAGCUUAACUGGGUCUACAAGAACAAGGAGCACGCCAUGAUGUCGGCCACGGCCUCGCUCGGUUUGCUCUACAUGUGGGACUGCGACGGCGGCCUCGUGCCCAUCGACAAAUUUCUCUACGCCAGCGACGACCUGGUCAAGUCGGGCGCUCUGCUGGCCAUCGGCCUGGUCAAUUGCGGCGUGCGAAGCGAGUACGACCCGGCGAUGGCCCUUCUCGGCGACCACGUCAUGUCGACCAAUCAGAAUCUGCGCGUCGGCUCGAUCCUCGGCCUUGGCCUGGCUUACGCCGCUACCAAGAGGCCCGAUCUCAACGCUCUGCUCUACGGACCGCUCAACGAUCGACAAAGCACGAUGGAGGUGAUUGCCCUGUCGGCCGUAUCGCUAGGCCUAAUUAACGUCGGAUCCGCCGACUCGGAAGUUUCCUCGGCCGUCUUACAAAGGCUCUUGGAACUUGAUUCUCAGCAGCUCGCCUCGACCUAUUCACGAUUUCUGCCUCUGGCUCUGGGCAUGCUGUACAUGGGUCGACGGGACGGCAUCGAGGCCGUGUCGGCGGCCCUCGAGGUGCUCGCCGAGCCCUACAGAUUGCCGGCCCAGACGAUGCUCCAGGUUUGCUCGUACGCCAACACCGGCGACGUGCUCGUCGUCCAGGAGCUGCUGCGCAUCUGCUCGGAGCCGGUGGAGGUCGACAAGGCCGACGCCAAAACGCCCGCGAGCUCGCACAUGUUUUUCGGCGAUCCCAAGCCCAAGAGCUCCACUGGCAGGAGACACGGCAAGAAAAAAGAAGCCGUCGUGGAGAUGGUUUUGACGCAGCCGAUAGCGGCGUUGGGUGUCGCGGUCGUCGACCUAAGCGAGGGUAAAGAAAAUUCAAGGAUACUCGGCCAAAUCGGACGCUACGGCUCGGGACCGGCUCGCACGGCGGUGCCGCUGUCCUUCGGCCUGACCUACCUGUCGAAUCCCGACCCGGGCAUCCUCGACGUGCUCAACAAGUACAGCCACGACGCCGAUCCGAGCGUAUCGCUCAACGCCAUCUUCGCCAUCGGCCUCGUCGGGGCCGGGACGAACAACGCCCGCUUCGCCGUGACUCUGCGCCAGCUCGCGGCCUACUACGCCAAUCAGCCGUCCCAUCUGUUCGUCGUGCGCAUAGCCCAGGGCCUCAUACACAUGGGAAAAGGAACCAUUACGCUGCAACCUCUGAAGUAUUCCUACAAGAUACUGGACCAGGCGUCCUUGGCUGGACUGCUCGUCGUGCUCGUAUCGUUUUUGGAUUGUAACAAUUUGAUAUUGGGAAAGAAUCAUUACUUGAUGUACUGCUUGGCACUCGCUAUGGAACCCAGAUGGCUCGUGACUCUGAACGAGGAUUUAAAGUUGCUGCCUGUAUCCGCCCGAGUUGGCCAAGCCGUCGACGUUUUAGGAAAAGCUGGAGAUCCAAAGUCCAUCACGGGAGGUCACGUCCACACGACUCCGUUGUUAAUGUCUUACGGUGAAAAAGCGGAACUGGUGACGAACGACGAGUACGAGCCUCUGCUCAGCCCAAUGGAGGGUUUCGUUAUAUUAAAAUCAAAGGCAGAUUAAAUCGAGUAUAAUUUUCAAGUUGUUUUGUACAAGUUGUUU